AUGAAAGUAUUAUAUUUUGUAUUAUACUAUUAAAAGAAUAGCAUCACAUCCAUCUUUUAUUUAUCUAAUUUCUAAGACAGAAGUUUUGAAGAUAAUUUAAAAAUUAUAAGCUUUUGCUACAAAUUGUAUUCUCCUUAAAAAUAACUACAAGAUUAAACAAAUUUAAAUCAAAUAAAUCAAGAGAUAUUUUAAGAAGCAAGAUAUUUAAUUAAAAUUAUGGAAAAUUAAUAUUAAUAAUACAUUGUACCAAUACAAAGUGUUAAUUCAAAUGAUUAGAAAGAAUUUUACGAUAAAUAUUUUGAUGACUCAAGUAAUAAGAAAGAGUAGAUUAUUAAUUCAUUAGAAAUCAGGAUUAGAUAAAUAAUUAUCAUUUGGAAAACAAAUUCCAAAAAAAAUAUUGA